AACAUGAUGACAUCCAUUCCUCUUCAUCCCUAUUGCUGCAGAUCAUACAACUUUGAAUCAACAGACCACUCAAAGGGCCAAGAAUGGUUUCAAGAGUGCUGCGGGAUCUGCCUCCGACGACAAAGCUGUUCACGAUAGAGAGCUUCUCAAUCGUGAAACCGAGGCACGAAGGCUAUGAAUCCGCUGUGUUUGAUGAUCUUGGCUAUAAAUGGCGGUUGGUUAUGUAUCCGAUGGGGAAGCAAGACGACGGUGGAAGCAAUCAUGUCUCGAUGUACUUGAGGAUCGAAGAGACAGAUUCUUUGCCACAAAACUGGGAGGUUGAUGUCGAUCUCAAACUGUUUGUCCUUAAUCAGAAGCUGAAUAAAUAUUUGACGGUCCAAGACGGGACUGCAAAGCGCUUCAACGCGGCUAAGAAAGAGUGGGGGUUCGCUCAAUUGGUUCCCCAUUCGACGUUCAACAACCCGAACGAGGGAUACGUUGUAGGGGACAGUGUCACAUUUGGCGCCGAGAUCUUUAUCUCGAAGAAGGUUCAAGAAUUAGAGAAAGUGACGUUCGUGUCAAAUCCAGCAAACAACAAAUUCUCGUGGGCGAUCCUUCGUUUCUCUCAGUUAGAAGACAAGUUCUAUUACUCGGAUGAUUUCCUCGUCGGAAACAGAUAUUGGAGAAUAGGGUUCAACCCGAAAGGCGACGGAGGCGGUAGAGGCAAGGCAUUGCCCGUUUAUCUUUUCGCUUACGGGUUCGCACCAAAUGUUCCGACCACGACAACUUGGGGAGCGGUCUAUCUCCGGUUAAAGAAUCAGCGAAAUUCGAGCCAUAAACAGAUAUAUUCCGCGGCUUGGUACCCGGUCCAUACUGGUUACGGCGUGGGAGUCAACACAAUAAUAUCGAUCCAAGAACUCUUCGAUCAAUCAAAGGGUUAUUUGGUGAACGAUCGUAUAGUCUUUGAAGCUGAAAUGACGAUGGUUUCAGUGACGAACAUUGUCCCGAACUAGACAACGUGUGACCGUUGUUGUUGCUGUUGUCGCUUCUAUGUGCCGUGUUGAAAUAAAAAACUUUAUAAUCAAAGUUAUCAAUUAUGAUAAAUGAUUUCUACUUGUGGCAAUGUCGACGCAUGUAUUUUUCCGUUUUCCCAAUCUUGUGCUCCAUAUGAAAUGAACAAAUCAAGCGAAAAAAAGUAUGUUUGACUAAUA